CUUGGGUCUUGAUACCCACAUACAUAAAUAUUUACAUACUUCCCCUUCGAGUGUCAAUAGUGGUCAUACCACAGUACGUAUAUUACAUAUAAUCUGGACAAUAUGGAUGCCGCUUCGUAUCUUAGUUCGAAGAACUACACACAUAACAUUGGUGUUAGAUCCGGUCUUCCCGAGUCAAAGCAAGCGGGUGCCCCAAAACAGCACCAUGGGUUCAGCCCUUAUGUAUUUAAUGGAGGGACUACCAUGGCGAUUGCCGGCGAUGGAUAUGUCGUGGUAGCUGGAGACACGCGCUUAAGCGCUGGAUAUGAAAUUAUGACUAGGGACCACUCCAAACUCUGCAAAUUAAAUGACCGAGUGGUGCUGGCAUCGAUUGGAUUUCAAGGAGAUUCGACCACCCUGCACAAGCACUUAAAGAUGAAGCUUGCGAUGUACAAGCACAAUCACGACAAGGACAUGGGAGUCGAGGCCUGUGCUCAAAUGUUGAUGACAACACUAUACUAUAAACGAUUCUUCCCGUAUUAUACAAUCAAUAUCUUGGUCGGUCUGGAUAAGGACGAUCAAGGAGCAGUGUACCAUUACGAUCCAAUCGGUAGUUUCGAGAGGGAAACCUACCGUGCCGCUGGUACAGGUUCGCAAUUGCUGCAACCAUUGCUGGACAGUGAAGUUGGGUUCAAAAACAAGAGCGAUGUUGUAGAGAAAAAGACACCUACUCUGGAGGAAGCGAUCAAUCUCUGCAAGGACGCAUUCGCCGGAGUAGCCGAGAGAGAUAUCUAUACGGGAGAUCGCGUGCAGAUUUUGAUUAUCACGAAAGACGGCGUGAAAGAAGAGACAUUUACACUGAGAAGAGAUUAAUAUCGAAGCGACCCAUAUUUUCCCGAGCGGAGUUGAUAUUGUGUCAAGCGGUAACCAAUAUAGCUACAUCUCAUAUAAAAUUCGGAGAUAGCGUAUCUGCGGGAAUAUCCGAAGUC